CUCCCGGACUGGAGGACCUGCUCCGCCAGCCGGGCCCCCUGCAGACGGCUGCCCGCCCGCUCGCCCGCUCCCUCGCCACUAGGACUUGCCACUGAGCGCGGAAUGGCAGCCGCAGCAGCAUCCCCGCCGGCGGCGGCGGCGGCGGCGGUGGAGGCAGCCAGGGCCACCGCGGACGCUAUUGUUCCCCGGUGUUAAAAGAGCCUUUUCCCUGCUUUUCCUCGGGAAACAAACAAUAGCAGGGCACAGCUCUGCUUUCUGCACUCCUUCGGGAAGACGCUCGGAGGGCGCAGAAAAAAUCCCCUGCCGUCCGUGUUCUCAGGAUCCGGACAACUGGAGCGGCUGCAGGCGGCAUGGGGCUGCGAACAAGGCGCUCUGCGCCCCGGAGCCCGGGAGCCGCGGGCCGGGGCGGGGGCCGGGGCGUCCGGCAGCUGCUCCCGCUGUUCCCGCUGCUGCUGCUGCUGCUGCUGUGGUGCCCGGGCGCCCGCGGGGCUGGGGCUGCGGCGCCGGGCGAGGCGGACGCGCCCACCCUCUAUCUGUGGAAGACUGGUCCGUGGGGCCGGUGCAUGGGAGAUGAGUGCGGCCCGGGAGGCAUCCAGACCCGCGCGGUGUGGUGCGCGCACGUAGAAGGAUGGACGACGCUGCACACCAACUGCAAGCAGGCCGAGAGGCCCGGCAACCAGCAGCGCUGCUUCAAGGUGUGCGACUGGCACAAGGAGCUGUACGACUGGAGGCUGGGGCCCUGGGACCAGUGCCGGCCCGUGGUCUCCAGGAGCCUGGAGAAGGCCCUGGAGUGCGUGAAGGGGGAAGAAGGCAUCCAGGUGCGGGAGGUCACGUGCAUGCAGACGGAGAAGGGCGUUCCGGCGGAGGAGGACCUCAUCUGCGAGUACUUCGAGCCCAAGCCGCUGCUGGAGCAGGCCUGCCUCAUCCCCUGCCAGCAGCCCUGCGUCGUGUCCGAGUUCUCCGCCUGGUCCCAGUGCUCCAAGACGUGCGGCAGCGGCCUCCAGCACCGCACCCGCCACGUGGUGGCGCCGCCCCAGUUCGGGGGCUCGGGCUGCCCCAACCUGACCGAGUUCCAGGUGUGCCAGUCCAGCCCGUGCCAGGCGGCCCAGAGCCCGCACAGCCUGCACGUGGGGCCCUGGAGCGCCUGCACCGCGCUCCCCUCCCGGCAGGCCCGGCAGGCCCGGCGGCGGGGCCGGAACAGAGAGCAGCGGGAGAGGGACCGGGGGAAAGCCCUGAAGGACCCGGAGGCCCGGGAGCUCAUCAAGAAAAAGAGAAACAGGAACAGACAGAACCGCCAGGAGAACAGAUACUGGGACAUCCAGAUCGGCUAUCAGACCAGAGAGGUCACGUGUACCAACAAGACGGGGCAGGCUGCGGAAUUGAGAUUGUGCCAGCAGGAGAAGCUGCCAAUGACCUUCCAGUCCUGUGUGAUCACCAAAGAGUGCCAGGUGUCGGAGUGGUCCGAGUGGAGCCUCUGCUCAAAAACUUGCCACGAUAUGGUGUCCCCUAAAGGCACUCGUGUAAGGACACGGGUCAUCAGGCAGUUUCCCAUUGGCAGUGAGGAAGAGUGUCCAGAACUUGAGGAAACUGAACCCUGCGUGUCUCAAGGAGAGGCAGCUGCCCCCUGUGCCACGUAUGGCUGGAGAGCCACAGAGUGGACUGAGUGCCGUGUGGACCCUUUGCUCAGUCAGCAGGACAAGAGGCGAGGCAACCAGACGGCUCUCUGUGGAGGGGGGGUCCAGACCCGAGAGGUGUACUGUGUGCAGACCAAUGAAAACCUCCUCUCACACUUAAAGACCCACAAGGACAAAGAAGCCCCCAAACCAGUGGAUUUGAAGUUAUGCACCGGCCCUGCUCCUAACACUACACAGCUGUGCCACAUCCCCUGUCCAAUUGAAUGUGAGGUUUCACCUUGGUCAGCUUGGGGACCUUGUACUUAUGAGAACUGUAAUGACCAGCAAGGCAAAAAAGGUUUCAAACUGAGGAAGCGGCGCAUCACCAACGAGCCCACCGGGGGCUCGGGGGGCACUGGGAGCUGCCCUCACGUACUGGAAGCCAUUCCCUGUGAGGAGCCGUCCUGCUAUGAGUGGAAGGCAGUGAGGCUUGGAGACUGUGAGCCAGACAACGGCAAAGAGUGUGGUCCAGGCACUCAAGUUCAGGAGGUUGUCUGCAUCAACAGUGAUGGAGAAGAAGUUGACAGACAGCUGUGCAGAGAUGCUAUCUUCCCCAUCCCUGUCGCCUGUUAUGCCCCGUGCCCAAGGGACUGUGUGCUCACCAUGUGGUCUUCCUGGUCUUCCUGCUCACACACCUGCUCAGGGAAAACCACAGAAGGGAAACAGAUACGAUCUCGGUCCAUUCUGGCUUAUGCGGGCGAAGAAGGUGGAACUCACUGUCCAAAUACCAGUGCUUUGCAAGAGGUGCGCAGCUGUAACGAGCAUCCCUGCACUGUGUAUCACUGGCAAACGGGUCCGUGGGGCCAGUGCAUUGAGGACACCUCGGUAUCAUCCUUCAACACAACUGCAGCUUGGAACAGGGAGGCCUCUUGCUCUGUUGGCAUGCAGACAAGAAAAGUCAUCUGUGUGCGGGUCAAUGUGGGCCAAGUGGGACCCAAAAAGUGUCCUGAAAGCCUUCGGCCUGAAACAGUGAGGCCCUGUCUGCUUCCUUGUAGGAAGGACUGUAUCGUGACCCCAUACAGCGACUGGACGACGUGCCCUUCCUCAUGCGCAGAAGGGAAUUCCGGAGUCAAGAAGCAGUCUCGGCACCGGGUCAUCAUCCAGCUGCCAGCCAAUGGAGGCAGGGACUGCACUGAUCCUCUCUAUGAAGAGAAGGCCUGCGAGGCCCCUCAAGUGUGCCAAAGCUACAGGUGGAAGACGCACAAAUGGCGCAGGUGCCAGCUGGUCCCUUGGAGUGUGCAGCAGGACAGCCCCGGAGCACAGGAGGGCUGUGGCCCCGGACGACAAGCCAGAGCCAUUACCUGUCGAAAGCAAGACGGAGGGCAGGCUGGCAUCCACGAAUGCCUCCAGCACGCAGGCCCGGUGCCAGCCCUCACCCAGGCCUGCCAGGUCCCCUGCCAAGACGACUGUCAGUUUACCAGCUGGUCCAAGUUUUCCUCAUGCAAUGGAGACUGCGGGGCAGUCAGGACCAGAAAGCGCGCUAUUGUUGGCAAAAGCAAAAAGAAGGAAAACUGUAAAAAUUCUCAGGUGUACCCACUGAUGGAGACUCAGUACUGUCCUUGUGACAAGUACACCGCCCAGCCUGUGGGGAACUGGUCGGACUGCAUUCUGCCGGAGGGGAAAGCAGAAGUGCUGCUGGGGAUGAAAGUCCAGGGAGACGUCAAGGAGUGCGGCCAAGGCUACCGUUACCAGGCCAUGGCGUGCUACGACCAGAACGGCCGGCUGGUGGAGACGUCCCGGUGUAACAGCCACGGUUACAUCGAAGAGGCCUGCAUCAUCCCCUGCCCCUCCGACUGCAAGCUCAGCGAGUGGUCCAACUGGUCCCGCUGCAGUAAGUCCUGUGGGAGCGGCGUGAAGGUUCGGUCUAAAUGGCUGCGAGAAAAGCCGUAUAAUGGAGGAAGGCCUUGCCCCAAACUGGACCAUGUCAACCAGGCACAGGUGUACGAGGUCGUCCCCUGCCAGAGUGACUGCAACCAGUACCUGUGGGUCACAGAGCCGUGGAGCGUGUGCAAGGUGACCUUUGUGAACAUGCCGGACAACUGCGGAGGCGGCGUGCAAACCCGAAAAGUGAGAUGCAUGCAGAACACAGCGGAUGGCCCUUCUGAGCACGUAGAGGAUUACCUCUGUGACCCAGAAGAGAUGCCCCUGGGUUCCAGAGAGUGCAAACUACCGUGUCCUGAGGACUGUGUGAUAUCCGAAUGGGGUCCGUGGACUCGAUGCACUUUGCCUUGCAAUCAAAGCAAUUUCCGGCAAAGGUCAGCUGAUCCCAUCAGACAACCCGCUGAUGAGGGAAGAGUCUGUCCUGAUGCUGUGGAGAAGGAGCCCUGCAACCUGAACAGAAACUGCUUCCACUACGAUUAUAACGUAACAGAUUGGAGUACGUGCCAGCUGAGUGAGAAGGCAGUUUGUGGAAAUGGCAUUAAAACAAGGAUGUUGGACUGUGUUCGAAGUGAUGGCAAGUCAGUUGACCCGAAAUACUGUGAGGAGCUGGGCCUGGAGAAGAACUGGCAGAUGAACACAUCCUGCAUGGUGGAAUGCCCGGUCAACUGCCAGCUGUCUGAGUGGUCUCCCUGGUCAGAAUGUUCUCAAACAUGUGGCCUCACAGGGAAAAUGAUCCGAAGACGGACAGUGACACAGCCCUUUCAGGGUGAUGGAAGGCCGUGCCCUGCCCUGAUGGAGCAGUCCAAGCCUUGCCCAGUGAAACCCUGCUAUCGGUGGCAAUAUGGCCAGUGGUCUCCAUGCCAAGUGCAGGAUGCCCAGUGUGGAGAAGGGAGCAGAGCAAGAAACAUUUCUUGUGUCGUGAGUGAUGGGUCGGUUGAUGAUCUCAGCAAAGCGGUGGAUGAAGAAUUCUGUGCUGAUGUUGAACCCAUUAUAGAUGGGAAUAAAAAAGUGGUCUUAGAGGAAACCUGCACCCAGCCUUGCCCAGGUGACUGUUAUUUGAAGGACUGGUCUUCAUGGAGCCUGUGUCAGCUGACCUGUGUGAAUGGUGAGGACCUCGGCUUUGGUGGAAUACAGGUCCGUUCCAGAGCAGUGAUUAUACAAGAACUAGAGAAUCAAUACCUGUGCCCAGAGCAGAUGUUAGAAACAAGAUCAUGUGAUGAUGGACAGUGUUAUGAGUAUAAAUGGAUGGCAAGUGCUUGGAAAGGCUCUUCCCGAACAGUCUGGUGUCAAAGGUCUGAUGGUGUAAAUGUAACAGGGGGCUGUUUGGUGGUUCACCAGCCUGAUGCCGACAGGUCUUGUCACCCGCCGUGUAGCCAACCCCACUCGUACUGUAGCGAGACGAGGGCGUGCAGUUGUGAAGAGGGGUACACGGAAGUCCUAUCUUCCAAUGGGACGCUGGAGCAGUGCACUCUGAUCCCCGUGGUGGCGAUCCCCACCGUGGAGGACAAGAGAGCAGACGUGAAAACCAGCCGGGCAGUGCACCCGACCCAGCCCUCCCGGAACCCCGAAGGACGGGGCAGGACCUGGUUUCUACAGCCACUGGGGCCAGAUGGGAGACUAAAGACCUGGGUUUACGGUGUAGCGGCUGGGGCAUUUGUGUUACUCAUCUUUAUUGUCUCCAUGAUUUAUCUAGCUUGCAAAAAGCCAAAGAAGCCCCAAAGAAGGCAAAACAACCGACUGAAACCUUUGACCUUAGCCUAUGAUGGCGAUGCAGACAUGUAAGGUCUGAGCUAUCCCGGCAGCAACCAGCUUCAGCUUUCUGACUUUGCAGGAGAGGCCGCAGAGCUAUUCCAGCUGCGUGGGUUAAAGCCCGUCGUACCUUUUCAAAAGAGCAUCAUUGAUAAGAGAGAAGAUCACAGUGCCAUCGGAGAUAUCGAUACGGUACCACUUACACAGAAACCUUCAUUCCUGAGAGGUCUAGUUCUGUGGUCGGCAAACUGCAGCUCGAGAUCCACGUGCGGCUCUUUGGCCCCUUGAGGGUGGCUCUCCCACAAAAUACCACCGCCCGGGCGAGUCCAUUUUGAAGAAGUGGUGUUAGGAGAAGUUUAAGUUAAAAAAAAAUUUGGCUCUCAAAAGAAAUUUUAAUCGUUGUACUGUUGAUAUUUGGCUCUGCUGACUAAUGAGUUUGCCGACCACUGCUCUAGGAGGUGGAGUUGAAUACAUGCUGCCUUCUGAGAGUCUGAGUGAUCGUUCAUGAAACCUACCAACUGGCAAAGUACUUUCAUCUCUGAAAUAUGGUGGCAGGAGUGGCCAUGUGGAAUGCCGACACACGCCUCUGUCUGCAGUGCUCACCCAUAGUGACAUUUUAGCAUGAAGAGCUUAUACCAAGAUCAUAGGCAAGCGUAACGUCAUGUACACGCAACUGAAUGAUACAUACUAUUAUGUCAGAUUAUAUACCUGGUAAUAAGCCAUUUUAAUGCUCUACUUUGAGCAGAAAACUCAUUGAGCAAAUUCAUCAUUUGGUGGUUUGAUGGUAGCUUUUCAGAGGCAAAGACUUUUUAUAAGACUUAAUCCUUGUCUUUCUCCAAAGUACAAGUGCUGGACCUGUCCUAGUAUCUUAGAAGAACCCUCACGUUCAGUAUUUUCUAGUGGUUAUUGUCUGGAAAACUCAUUUGCUUGUGUUAAUACAGUAAGUUUCUACUUUCCCCACAUUCAGACUGGUUGCCUGCAUCUUUUUUUGCUGAAUGGAAGGCACAUUUUUGCACUAUAUUAGUGCAGCAUGAUAGGCACUUAACCAGUAUUGCCAUAGAAACUGCCUCUUUUCAUACGGGAUGGAGACAACGAUGCUGAGUGCCAUGGAGACAUUGACAACUUCCUGUAUCCUGAAGAGAGUCAAGUUCAUUUUGGAUGACGACAGGAUGGAACACCUGCUGUGUACAGUCCUCCUCACCGCUGCAGCCACUGGGAAAUUGACAACAUGGUGGUAAUUUAAGUGUUUUAAGUCCCGAACUCAUUCAUCCUCCAAAAGAUGGACCCCACUAGUUGGUUUUUAAUUGUACCUUGAAGGCUGUUUAUGACUAGAUUUUUAUAUUUCUUAUCUUUGUUAAAAAAAAAAAAGAAAAGAAAAGAAAAGAAAAAAAGGAGCUGGUUGUCUUUUUAAUUUUGAGCAGAUGGAGAACGUAAUGUAUUGCUGACUUUUGUACCUAAAAGAAAUCAAGAUUGUGUGUUGAUUUUUUUUUCCUCUCCCAAUUUGUUUUCCUAAUUUCAGACCAAAUGUGUUUUGAAAUCCAUUGUUUUGUCAUUCCUACUAGUAAAACCUGAAGUGGUCUUUUUAAUUUAUGAUUUCAAAAACUAAAAUUUUAGGAAAGAAAAUGGUCAGUAUUUUGUCCAGGGCUUCAUUAAAUAUCUAGACCAAGGGUGGAAAAACUUAUUCGGUAAAGAGCCACAGUGGUAGAUAUUCUCAGCCAGGUCUCUGCUACAGCUUCUCAAUUCUGCCAUUAGGAGAACACAGCCAUAGAGAGUGCACAGUACAUAAAAGAACAGCAUGAUGUCUUUCAGUGCAGUCUCUUUAAAAACAACAGCCAGAAGGCCACAUUUGCAGGUCGUGGUUUGCUGACCACUAAUCUAGAAGUUUUUUCAAAGCUAACUCUCCACGGUGUCAUUUCUGGGUUUUACUCAUUUACCCUCAGACUGAAAUCAGAGUUUAGUUUCAAAGGUGAAAACAGUCACUACACUUAUCACUGUGUUAGAAGUAACUAUUUUUUACAGCUAUUGGCCUGGAAAAUUCACAGUGAAAUAAUAUCUAACUUGGCAGACUUCUUUCAUAUGAAAAGAAAACUUAAAAGGUGCCACUUAAAAAAGCAAUACCAUUUUACUGCAACAGACUUUGGGAAGGGGGAGGAUAUUAGGGUGUCAGGUCUUUUGAAAAUAGUGUAAUGGCUGUUUUUGUCCUAAACUUAGCUGUGUGGCUGUGAAAGUGGUUUCAACUAGAAGGUAUUUACCUUCAUACUAGAGUUUUAACUCCCCCUGCUGUUCAUUAACGUAUUUGCAGAAUUAUAUUGAUAGAAGACAUCAGAUUAGAAUAUCAUUGUCCCCCAAACGAACAGAUUUCUAUAUAUUUCAAUAAGAAUUAAAUGUGGUAAACACUAAUUCGUUAUUUAAUAUUCAUUGUAGUAGGCAAGGUAAUUAACUUCAAAACAAACAAGUAGUCAGGAAGAUUAAGUAACCAAGGAAAAUUAAAUAAGGAAAAGCAUAACAACCAGUUCCAUUUCAUCUGGCUUAUUGAAGAAGAAGCCAUAAAUAAUAUUGUUACUCUCAAACUGUGGUUGGCAAUAUAUGCACUCGGGAGUCUUCCAGAUCAUGGAUUUCUCUGACUAAAAUGAAUUCCAUUUAUCUAAAAUAGUUGAGAAUCUAUUGCAGUUACUUGAAGAAUUCAGCUAACAGCCUUAGGAUAUGAGUACAACACCUAAUAACUUUGAAAUUGUUGAAUAAAAUGAAAUAUUAUUGCUACUAAAGCUGUACUUACAAUUCUAUGAAAUUUCAUUAAUUCAGAAGAGAGAUCAGCAUCAUCCUACCUUUAUUAUAAGAAUUAACUUAAUUGAUCAAAAUGAUAAAAUGGCUGGCCCUGGCCAGUGCGGUCCAGUUGGUUGGGUGCCAUCCCGUGCACUGAAAGGCUGCUGGUUUGAUUCCCAGUUAGGGCAUGCAUAUGCCUGAGUUUGCAGGCUAGAUCCCCAGUGAGGGUCGCGCAAAAGGCAGCUGAUUGAUGUUUCGCUCUCAAUGUUUUUCUCUCUCUCUCUCCCUAUCUUUUCCUCUCUCUAUAAAAAUCAAAAAACCUUUUUAAAAAAUUAUAAAAUGUUAUGAAAAUACAAGAUGAUUUCAUUCAAAAAUGGAAUACACAUUACAAUACAAUGUUAUGUACAGGAGACUAGUUUUAAUGUGAUCUAGCACUAGGGAGCAUAUUGGAAGUUCAUUAUUAGAUAAAUAAAUACUGGAUGGCCCUUUGUUAGAAAGGUUAAAAGGAGGGGAAUGUACCUAGCUGGCUAACUUGGGGGAAUGAAAGUUACUGUAUUCAUGUUUAUGGCAUGAGAAUGGCAUUAUUUUUGUUCCUGGCAUGAGUCAAUAAUGAAUUAAAUACUUUACUAAAAUCUCAUCAGAUCCUUAUCCCUCCUGUUCAUUUUUUAAGAAUUCAGGAGGGGAAUAUAGUAAUAACUUGUCUAUUGACACUUUGCCUUACCAAAAUGGUCUGACCACAAAAAGAUUUAGAACUACUAUUAUAUAAGUAUGAAGGUCUGCUUGGUUUAACAAAAAGAGAGGAGAGAGAGAGAGAGAGAGAGAGAGAGAGAGAGAGAGAGAGAGAGGGAGGGAGGAGAGGAAGGAGAGAGAAUGCUAGCACAGUAUUAUACUAUUUUGUUGGACUGUCAACUAUGUGAACCACACGGAACUGAUGUCUCUUGAAAGGGGUUGAUUUGCUCAUUCGUCAAUACCUUAUCUAGGGUCUUGGCCAUAAUCCUUAUUUCAAAGCCUUUUGAGGACCCUGCAGUGUAGCAUUAAGCCAACUUGAAAAGGAGUACUUAAAAGCAUGUUCUUAAUUACUUACAACAAAGCACAAAUUGCUUAUAACAAGGCAAACAUUUAUUAAAUUAUCACAGGUAAGACACUCUGUUAGUCACUGUAAAAGAUUAGUGAGGCUUUUGUAUACAUAUGUACCUAAGAUAUUCAAAAGAAGGAAAGAGUGCUUAACAGAACACAACAGCACUUACAUGGCCCUUUAGAUCUAUUUUUCAAUGUGGUCAGUGUCUUUCCUUCUGUAAGGUCCAUGUCUCAGGCCUUGCUGUUCGGCCUUUAGUGUGCCUCUCCUCCACCCGCGAGCAGGUAGCUGGUCAUUAGGGCUUACUUGGACACCUUGGAAUUCCUGUAAAGUCCCUUAUUUACAACUUCUUGCAGGAACAAGUUCCUUAUGUUCCUGGUCUCUUUCUGCUCUGCUCUCUUAUCUGCAGCUCAUCUUGUCUACUCAUACAACUUCUACUCAACAUGCCCACAUUUUAAUAAGAAGAAAUAAGAGCCUAACUCCUAUAUUUCCUUCCCAUUGGAGUCAGUGUCACUUAGAAUGUGAACAUGUUGAGUUUCAUAGAAUAUAAUGGUCAAAGACCUGUGUAAAGAGGAAAGAUGCAGAUGAAAAAGAAAAAAGAAAGAAAAAGAAAAAAGAAAAAAGAAAAAGAAAAAAAGAAAAGAGAGGGAAGGGGUGGGAGGGAGAGAGAAAAAUAAAACUCUUCUGUAAAAAUGUCAGUUCCUACACUCAAUUUAGUGCAACCCAGUACCUCUCUACACACAAGAAUGGGGGAGCCCAUGCUUAAGCUGAUCUGGCGUCUGAAUCAGUUUGCAGGAAUCAUUCCAAAAUGAUCUGACAUCUCACCAGAUGUAACAAUAUUGCCAAACUCAAAUGUGUUCUUUGUUCUGUUUCCCCCCUAAGGCUGAGGGUAUGGGAAGGAGAGCAGUCUGGGAACAAAUGAGGAAUCUUGCAACAGAGUGGCCCCUCCCGGGUGGAGUUUAGAUGUGAGGGCUAAGAUGGCUGGCAGCCCCACCCGGCCUGCCUCAGCUCUGGGGAAAUAAGGCAGGCCGUCAGGGCUGAGCCAGGAGUGUGGGCCUAGCACUCAUUAAUAAAUCUUUAUCAAAAGGACGUGUGCUGUGGUAAUUCUGUAUCUAGCAGGGACACUGAAAAAUGGGUAUGUCUACAUUCUUAAAUAAGUAAAUUAAGUCCUAAAGGGAUAGUUAGUUUUGUAGUUUUAUGUUUCAUGCUUCUACCAAGCUAGACCUUAAAAAAUGGCCAGUAUAUGAUUUGUGGGCAUCAUGUUUUCAGCAAUCAAAAGCCUAUUUAGAUAUAUAAUUGGGUGUCAGUCUUGUUGUGCUUUGUAGAUGUUUUCUUUUUCUUUUUUUCUUUUUUCAAAGCAAUAGUUUCUAUAUCACCUACUUCGACCCUUCAAUGAACUUUUCUCAACGUUUUGCAGGAACCUAUUUGUAUUGAUUUAUUAACAGAAAAUAUUAAGAUUCCCUUUCUGGUACUUUUUUCCUGCAUAAUUCUAGCACAGAGACUUGAAGAGAUCAGUAUCUGUCACUGUAAAAUAUAACUUUAUUAAAUUUGCAAUAUGUCUUUCUAUAUAUUAUAAUCCCCUAAAUGUGGUCUUUGGUUAAUUUAAUUACAUGAAUAUUUAUUUUGUUUAAAUAAGGAGGCAGCUGUCUAAGAUGUUUUUGUUAAUAUUAUUUUGUAAAUUGUGUAAUUUAUUUUAAAUUAUGUACAUUUCUUUUUUAAUGCACAAAAAUGUCUAUGUACCAAUUAACUACAGAUUUGCAAAUAAGCCACUAAGCUUUAUUCAGUUAAUGCAGAUGGCAUGUGAAGAUGUAAUAUGCUUUUUUACAUUUUCAUAUGGAUAAUUUGUAAAUAACUAUGAUGCUGACAAACAUAAACACGGAAAUCAUUUUCAUUCUA